AUGAUGGCUCAGCUGCCUGUGGACCAACGGACAGUAGGUGUUGUAAACCGAAAUGAUGGGAAGAUGUGCGCUGGCUACACAUUAUUCAAUGCAAAUCGGGAGACCUACCUGAUUGACGAGGAUGGUCAGGUGGUCCACCUCUGGCGGAGUCGCAGGCCGGUGUUCAGUUCCUACUUGCGCCCUUCUGGGCAUCUCUUGCGAGAUGGUGGUGUAGGCUCAGAGUCUCCCUUUGCAGAAGGCGGAGCUUCGGGGAUAAUCGAGGAGGUGACCUGGGAGAACGAGCGUGUUUGGGCUUACGACUGCUAUCCUUAUCAGCAGAUGCUGUGCCACCAUGACAUGGAGCCUCUGGAAAACGGAAACGUUUUGGUGAUCGCCUGGGAGCGCAAGACGAAGCAGCAGGCGCUGGAUGCUGGGCGCCUCCCGGAGAUGAUCCCAGAUGGUGAAGUCUGGAGUGAUGUAAUCCUUGAGCUGAAGCCCGAGGGGCUCUCCGCCGUCAUCGUCUGGCAAUGGUCGAUGUGGGAUCAUCUCAUUCAGGACACCAGUCCUUCCCUGCACAGCUUUGGGCGGAUUGCUGACCAUCCGGAACUCUUCGACGUCAACUUCUGCCCCGCUGGUGGGAAGAAUGCUCAGCGCAACAAGUCGCUUCUGAAUAAAGACGGGGCGAGCCAUCAGGAGCCCUCCGGCCUGAAGGUGAUGGUGUGGCCUUGCAAAACUGGGGAUAAGGACUGGUUGCACAUCAACUCUGUGUCCUAUGACCCAGUCAGGGACCAGAUCCUCUUGUGCAUCCAUCUGUCCUCUGAGUUUAUCAUCAUCGACCAUGGUACUACUACAGAAGAAGCUCGGGGACAUAGCGGUGGGAAGCGGGGGAAGGGAGGAGACAUCCUCUAUCGCUUUGGCAAUCCCGCAGCAUGCAGGCGAGGCAUGCUUGAAGAUCAGACCCUCUUCUGUGCCCACAGCACGUUCUUUAUCAGGGGUGCACCGGGUGAGGGCAACGUGCUGUUGUUCAACAACGGCCGGGCCCCCGAUCGAUUAUUCUCGACGGUGGAGGAGCACGAGCUGCCAGAUCGAGCUGGGGAGUUCACAGAAAUCAGCCAAAAGACGCCUCCAAUCUGGAGCUUCGGGCAGAAACAGGGGAGGUCUGGCAGCUUCUAUUGUACACACAUGUCAGGAACCAGGCGACUUCCCAACGGCAAUACUUUGAUCAUCAUGGGCCCCCAGGGUACACUAUUUGAGGUCACCCCAGAGGGUGAAGAGGUUUGGCGCUAUGUGAACCCGGUCCGCGUAGACUGUGAUGGUGCCGUAGCUUGUGUUCGCCAGGGAGAUUUUCGCACCACGGGUCGCUUCUCGCUAUUCAAUGCCAACAAGUACCCAGGAGCUUAUUCGGGCUUCUUCAAGGAUGGUGAGCCGAGAUGUCUUCGAGCAAGGGGCUAUCUGGAAGUGCUUUAA